AUGCCAUCUGGAAUUGAAAAUGCUUUUCUGAUAGCAGCCACAGGAGGAUUCCUAACUGGAAUGUUAGGGAACAGUUGCAUUGUACUAGUUAACUGCAUUGACUGGGUGAAGGGUCAAAAGCUCUCAUCAGCUGACUGCAUUCUCACCAGCCUGGCUAUCUCCAGAAUCGUUCUUCUUUGCAUAAUACUGUUAGAUUCAUAUUUAAUGGUGGUGUGGCCGCAUCUUUAUACCAUUGAUAACAUAGCAAAACUCGUUAAUAGUUUUUGGACACUGAGCAAUCACCUAGCUACUUGGUUUGCCACCUGUCUAAGUGUUUUCUACUUCUUUAAAAUAGCCAAUUUCUCCCACUCCUCUUUCACCUGGCUGAGGAGGAGAAUUAGCAGAGUGCUACUCCUGCUUCCCCUGGGGUCUUUACUCUUAUUGCUUUGCAACUUUGAAUUAAUCCAUACAUCUAGUAAUUUCUUGGUUAAUGUCUAUCAAAGAUACGAAAGAAACUCAACUUGGUCCCUAAAUGUAAGUAAAACUGUUCUUAACAGCUUGAUUGUUUUCAGUUUCAUCUACUUAAUCCCCUUUCUUCUGUCCCUGGCCUCCCUGCUCCUUUUGUUUCUUUCCCUGAGGCGACAAACCAGGAAUGUGCAGCAGAACUGCUCUAGGGACUUCAAUACAGAGGCCCAUAAAAGGGCCAUGAAAAUGGUGAUGUCUUUCCUUUUUCUCUCCACAGUUCAUUUUUCUUCCAUCCUAUUAACAAGUUGGGUUUUUGUUUUGCUGCAGAAUUCUCAGGUCAAUUUGGUUGUCAUAUUAUUAUCAACUCUUUUUCCUUCAGGCUACUCAUUUAUUCUGAUUUUGGGAAACAGCAAGUUGAGAAAAACUGCUUUAGGACUACUGUGGCAUAUUAAUCACCACCUGAAAAUAGCGAAACCUUUCAUUUCACAGACUUUCCCAGAAUUUUCUAUAUCCCAAGAGAAUUAA